AAAUUGGUAAAGAUUUCCAGUGACAUAAAGUCAUCCAGAGUCCCAGUUCUACCGGAAUGUGUGUAAAAAUUAUAAAUUCUCUUGAACCUCCUCUCGCCGUUUCUGGCUCUUAAGAUGUGGAGUGAGAUAGAGGAAUCUGAGGUACAUUCUUUUAAAAGCCCCAAAUGAUUCUGAUGCACAGUUUUGAAAAUACUGCAGUGUCCUCAUUUGGCCUCAAGCUAAACUGUGCCAUCUCAUCUAAAAAGUGCAUCUUCCUGGUGCAUCUGUAUGACAGGACGUUUCUUGGGAAAAAUAUUUUUCAAUAAAGAUGAAUGAGAUGUGUUAUAUAAUGUGUUUACGUUUUAAAUUUUUUAAAGACAUUCAGAGAAGUGUGUCUUUCAUUCAGUGUGGGUGGCUUGGCCUGGUGCCCUCAGAUCUGUGAUAUGUAUGUGUAUACGUUUUUUUCUUUGGGCUAAGGAUAGUUUAUUUGAUGGGUCCCAGUGUGCAAAAUGAAAUCAUGGGCCCUUUGUUUAAAAAUUAUUAAAAGCUGGACCAAUGGUGUGGCCUGUACUCCCAGCCACAGGGGAGGCUGAGGCAGGAGGAUGGCUUGAGGCAAGGAAUUCAAGACCAGCAUGGGCAACAGAGCAAUAUGCUGUCUUCAAAGAAAAACUUGCUGAUACAAGGAGUUCCUUGAGCCCCUGUCCACUCCACUGCUGACCAGUUCACCCACCUGUGCUGAGCCUCCCUCUGCUGCAGGCCUUCCCCAAUCUCUGUGGGACCUUGUGACGUGGGGGUCAGUCCAGCUGCAGAAGAAAACCCUCUCAUGCUAGCAUUGCAGACCCCAGAGGGUCCCGUGUGGGUGCUGAGAUGGCCAAUGAGAAUCACGGCAGCCCCUGGGAAGAAGCAUCUCUGCUGAGUCACUCCCCAGGCACCUCCACCCAGAGCCAGCCCUGCUCUCCAAAGCCAGUCCGCCUGGUACAGGACCUCCCAGAGGAGUUGGUGCAUGCGGGCUGGGAGAAGUGCUGGAGCCGGAGGGAGAACCGUCCCUACUACUUCAACCGAUUCACCAACCAGUCCUUGUGGGAGAUGCCCGUGCUGGGCCAGCAUGAUGUGAUUUCGGACCCUUUGGGGCUGAAUGCGACCCCACUGCCCCAAGAUUCAAGCUUGGUGGAAACCCCCCCGCCUGAGAACAAGCCCAGAAAGCGGCAGCUCUCGGAAGAGCAGCCAAGCGGCAAUGGUGUGAAGAAGCCCAAGAUUGAAAUUCCUGUGACACCCACAGGCCAGUCAGUGCCCAGCUCCCCCAGUGUCCCAGGAACUCCAACGCUGAAGAUUUGGGGUGCAUCCCCUGAAGAUAAACAGCAAGCAGCUCUCCUUCGACCCACUGAGGUGUACUGGGACCUGGACAUCCAGACCAACGCUGUCAUCAAGCACCGAGGGCCUUCUGAGGUGCUGCCACCGCACCCUGAAGUGGAGCAGUUCCGCUCCCAGCUCAUCCUGAAGCUGCGGCAGCACUAUCGGGAGCUGUGCCAGCAGCGAGAGGGUAUUGAGCCUCCACGGGAGUCUUUCAACCGCUGGAUGCUGGAGCGCAAGGUGGUGGACAAAGGAUCUGACCCCCUGUUGCCGAGCAACUGUGAACCAGUUGUGUCACCUUCCAUGUUUCGUGAAAUCAUGAAUGACAUUCCCAUCAGGUUAUCCCGAAUCAAGUUCCGGGAGGAAGCCAAGCGCCUGCUCUUUAAAUACGCAGAGGCUGCCAGGCGGCUCAUUGAGUCCAGGAGCGCAUCCCCUGACAGCAGGAAGGUGGUCAAGUGGAACGUGGAAGAUACUUUUAGCUGGCUUCGGAAAGACCACUCGGCCUCCAAGGAGGACUACAUGGACCGCCUGGAACACCUGCGGAGGCAGUGUGGCCCCCAUGUCUCAGCAGCAGCCAAGGACUCCGUGGAAGGCAUCUGCAGUAAGAUCUAUCACAUCUCCCUGGAGUAUGUCAAGCGGAUCCGAGAGAAGCAUCUUGCCAUCCUCAAGGAAAAUAACAUCUCAGAGGAGGCGGAGGCCUCCGAGGUGGAGCCCCGCCUGGUGUACUGCUACCCAGUGAGGCUGGCUGUGUCCGCACCCCCCAUGCCCAGUGUGGAGAUGCACAUGGAGAACAAUGUGGUCUGCAUCCGGUAUAAGGGAGAGAUGGUCAAGGUCAGCCGCAACUACUUCAGCAAGCUGUGGCUCCUUUACCGCUAUAGCUGCAUUGACGACUCCGCCUUCGAGAGGUUCCUGCCCAGGGUCUGGUGUCUUCUCCGACGGUACCAGAUGAUGUUUGGUGUGGGCCUCUACGAGGGGACUGGCCUGCAGGGAUCACUGCCCGUACACGUCUUUGAGGCUCUUCACCGACUGUUCGGCGUCAGCUUCGAGUGCUUUGCCUCACCCCUCAACUGCUACUUCCGCCAGUACUGUUCCGCCUUUCCUGACACAGAUGGCUACUUUGGCUCCCGCGGGCCUUGCUUGGACUUUGCCCCGCUGAGCGGUUCUUUUGAGGCCAACCCUCCAUUCUGCGAGGAGCUCAUGGAUGCCAUGGUCUCUCACUUCGAGAAACUGCUGGAGAGCUCACCAGAGCCCCUGUCCUUCAUUGUGUUUAUCCCUGAGUGGCGGGAACCCCCCACACCAGCGCUCACCCGCAUGGAGCAGAGCCACUUCAAACGCCACCAGCUGGUCCUGCCCGCCUUUGAGCAUGAGUACCGCAGUGGCUCCCAGCACAUCUGCAAGAAGGAGGAGAUGCACUACAAGGCCCUGCACAACACGGCUGUGCUGUUCCUGCAGAACGACCCUGGCUUUGCCAAGUGGGGGCCAACGCCUGAGCGGCUGCAGGAGCUAAACGCAGCCUAUCGGCAGUCAGGCCGCAACCAUGGCUCCAGUUCCUCCUCCUCCUCCUCCUCCUCCUCCUCCGAGGCCAAGGACCGGGACUCAGGCCGCGAGCAAGGCCCUAGCCGCGAGCCUCACCCCACUUAACACACCCUGCAGGGAGGAGGAGCCCCAGGGGUGCUGGUAUGGACUGCUGGGACAUGGGCCUCUGGAGGCUGAGCAGAUUCCAGGGCCCGCCCCUGGGGUGGCAGCAGGACUUGGGCUGCCAAUGACAUAGGAAUCUUGUGGCUCUGCCAGGGCUCCCCCUCCCUGCCCAUCCCCACUGCCUGCCUCAGACUCACUCCAAGUCCCUUGUAAAUAGGCCCAAUGCCCCCCUCACGCUGCCCCUGUUGGCGCCUUGUUUCAUUUGUAAAAGGAAAUACAGACACACACACACACACCCCGCCCCCGAACUUGUGAGGGUCUUGAGGACAGAGAAGGCUGAGAACCUGGAGCUACUUCUGGGACCAAUUCCCUUUCAUACCCAGGCUCACCUUCUCAUGACCCCUGGGCCUUUACACCCCAUCAAGGGAUACAACUGGUCCCUGGUGGUGUCCACCUUACAUAACAGGUUGGAAGAACCCAGAGCCUGCACUGUUUAGCUCCAAACUCCAUAGUUGGGCCUGCCCAGACCCUUCUGGGGAGAUGACCAACAGCUAUGCCUUGUACCCAGGCCAAAAGCCACUUGCUGGCCCUGGCGCCACCCUGUGAGUGGGCAGCUACAUGUUUUAUUAUAGUCAAAGCUUAGAAGCGAGUCAGCCUCAGAGCUGCCUCAGACCUCAGGGUGUGGUGCCUACUCUCUAAGGACCUCUGAGCAGAGACCCCAGGGCAGAAAGCAGGCUGGAGGUGCUCCGCAAGGCUCCCUCCAGCUGGGCCUCUCCUGAGAUGAGGCAUCUGCAGUGAGGGUCUGCCCUGCGGUGGGACCAUAGUACUUACAGAGGCAGGGCCAGCUGUGCUUCGGGGCCAGGUAGCCUCCACCUCACUCUCCCACCUGUGGUGGGCUCUUCCUGGCACCUGCCUUCUGCUUCCUCGUCCUUGUCUGGUUCAGACUGUUAGCAGCAAGUGGACAAAAUAAGAUGGCCAGGGCUGGACUCUGGUCCCUUUAUUGAGACUGAGGGACCAGUGGGUCCAUCCAAACAAAAAUAAAAUUUCUUUUCCCAAA